GGAAGUCAGCAGGGGAAGUAUAGUGGUUUCUUGCGUCACUGUUUUUUGUGUGUUGCUGCAGCCAUUUGUAUGCUGUUGCAGUGUGAAGGUUGCACCUGCCGCGAAAACAGUUGGACUACAGUCUCGACACGACUCAAUAAACGCCCUCAAGCAAAGAAGUCUACGUAUUUUGACGUCUUGGCGGUUGCACCAGAUCACCACCACAAGAAAGCAGUCCAACCCCCUGAAGGAUGUGAGACGGUCUCGGGUUCACUUUGAAACCCACCGUUGCUGGUUGGAUUCUGCCAGGCGUCUAGGGGGCCACAGCCACCCCCUCGCUCACUGUCACCCACCAACGGAGCCCCGUGGCCUGGAUGUGAGCAGAGCUGCGGCCGGAGGGACCAGGCAGACAUGCGGCGAGCCCGGAGGAAGGGGGCCAAUAAGGAGAAGGUGUUCGGCUGCGAUCUGCAGGAACAUCUGGCCGCCUCCUCGCAAGAGAUUCCUCAUGUGUUAAAGAUCUGCAGCGAGUUCCUCGAGGAGCACGGGGUCGUCGACGGCAUCUACCGGCUGUCCGGGGUAUCUUCCAACAUACAGAAACUCAGGAGUGAGUUUGACAAUGAAGCCAGUCCGGACCUCCACAAGGAUUUGUACCUGCAGGACAUCCACUGCGUCAGCUCCCUCUGCAAGGCCUACUUCCGGGAGCUGCCCAACCCACUGCUCACCUACAACCUCUAUGACAAGUUUGCCGAGGCUGUGGCCCUCAAGCUGGAGGAGGAGAGAUUGGUGAAGAUAAGAGAUGUGCUCAAGGAGCUACCCGCCCUUCAUUACAGGACCCUGGAGUUCCUCAUGUGCCACCUUGUGAGGAUGGCUUCCCAUUCCGCCGAGACCAACAUGCACUCCAGGAACCUGGCCAUCGUCUGGGCCCCCAAUCUCCUCAGGUCCAAGGACAUUGAGAACUCCGGGUUCAACGGUACGGCCGCCUUCAUGGAGGUGAGGGUGCAGUCCAUCGUGGUGGAGUUCAUCCUCAACCACGUCUCUCAACUCUUCAGUGGAGAAGGUGUACCCCAGGAUAGGCGGGUUUCCUUGCCCUCCCCAACUGCAGCGUUUGGUCCGGAGGAACCAAUCCUUCGGGAGCUUCCUGCAAAUAUGGCUCACUAUGGCCACAUAAGCCCUGGGGAUGGUCCAAUUGCCAUGAGACCCUACCAUGCGAUUAUUGAAGGCACUGACAAGAGGAAGGGGUCUCUCAAGGGCAGGAAAUGGAUGUCCAUCUUCAACAUCGGGGGACGAUUCCACGAACCGUGGAAACGGAGCAAGAGCAGUCAAAAAGAGAAAGACAGGUGUGCAUUGAGGCCGGCCAGAAGUAUGGACUCCCUCAGCAUUCAAACGUAUACAAAUGAAGCAAAAUGUUCAGGAUCCAGGCACCCUGUCCAGCACCCCUCCGCCAUGUCCGGGUCCGGGGCCGCCCCCAGUCCCCUGGCCGGCGGCGAGGCGGCGCCCCCUGCUGGUGCCACGGGGGGCAGCGGGUACGCCGUCACCUACCGACGGGGCACCGGGGUGCUGAGCGGGGGCGGCGGGACCCAGGGCACCUACAGCUCCCUGGACCCCGAGGGCCUCGGGGCCGGCGGGGCGGGGGGGGGCGGCUCGCCGGGGACCCCCUCCAGAUCCCCCGGCCAAUCCUCGGCCAAGGUGGGCCGUCGGGCGGCCAUGCAUAUCUCCGAGCCCCACAUCGUCACCGUGCCCCUCCACAUCACCUCCAACAUGGCCCUGGUGGUGCUGCAGGGGGGCGGGGGCGACCGGGUGGUGCACUGCGGAAAGGACCGGGACGGAGGAGGCCGGGCCCACGGGAAGGAAAGAGGUUCUGGGAGGGGGGAGAAGAAGAGGAAGGGAGGAGGAGGAGAACAAACUGCUGUCACAACAGAGACAUUGGUGGAGGACGAGAAAGGUGGACAGAACCACCUGGAAGAAGACAAGAGCGGUGACAAUUGGAAGCCAGAUGUGCAAAGUGGUGGGGAAGAGGAAGGAGACAGUGAGGAGAUGAGCGAAGACGAGGGGGUCCUGGACGAUGACCAGGUCAAGCCUGUGGAAAACGAUGGAGGUCGGGUCUCUGAUGGAGAGCCAGAUGCUGAAAUUGUGAAUUCUGACCUGCACCAAUAUGUUCCUGAAGACACUGACGAUGAAUACAUGGAUAUGAGGGGUGAGGGGUUGGAGGACCUGGACCACCGCUCAUCAGAGCUGCCCGGUGUCCAACGCGUCCCUGGACCUGAGGGGGAGGCCCACGAGCUCUCGGGUUACGUUCAGGAGAGCUUUGACUUCCUGGACCACAUCGACUGCAGCGUCUCGAGCCAGGUGAACGAGUUCUCCGUGGAACCUCCCGCCUAUGAGGACGAUGAGUACGAGGACAUGGAAGCUCCCGGGCUGGCUCUCUGCAGCUCCCCCCUGGCGUCUAAGGAGACGGAGCCCUCGGCCCACCGCCCGAAUCGACACUCCGAGCCCUACCCCGGAACUCCGCUGCCCCACCAACGCCAAGCGCCCUCGCAGAGGCUCUCCAACAGACAGAUGAAGUCCCUCAGCCUGCCCUACAUGAGCACCUACUUCUGUCCGCCCGAGUCCUCCUCCGAAGACGACGAAGACGACGACUGCACUGCAGACGAUGAAGACGAUGACGGUUGUUUUGAUCAGGACGGCGGCGAGAAUGAAGAAGGGGACAUUUUCUACAAGAGUCUCCCCUCUGGUUACGCGUUCCACAACCUGAGCUGGACCGCGCCAGAUGGUCCCGACCCCUCGCCCACGCCGGCGGACCACUGUGUCGACCCCUUUGUUGACGAGGAGUCUGGCCGCCCGUUGCAGAGCUCCGAGGCCUCAGCGCUCGAGGCCAUGGGCAUCGCAGGAGGUAGCCGUGAGACCGGAAAUAUGGAAAAUGGGUACGCCGUGACGAGCCUUACUAUGGAGGAUAGGGAGGGUGAAGAGGGGUGCCGGGAAGAAGACGGAGCACGAACGAACAUGCCAAAUCAAAGAGUGGACACAGGAGACCUCCCCCUCCCCCUGGUCCAUACCAGUCGAGCUGCAGGUGGAUCAGACCCCCCGUCCCCCGUGCCAGAGCCCGCUGAGGCUUUGGGCCGCUCACUGCCAACCGAGGUCCCCACAGGCAGCGAAGCAACGGCGGAGGUUAGAGUCGAACGGGGCGACGUUCCCCACAGGUGUGUGAAAAACUCUUGGAGUGGUUCACUUGAGGUGGCGUCGCCUCCUCCUUCUCAGAUGGAGACUUUUGACUUCCCAGAUGGAAUCCUUGAUGGGUUUCCAGAGUUUUGCGAAGAACUGCCAGAACCCCCGUCAGACCUCUCUGUUUGGGAAGACGAGGGAAUGGACAGUGUUCAGGGAGAGUGGAAUCAGGUCGGGCAAAAGACAAAUGACGUAGGUGAGGUGAUCAUCGCCGGAACUCCGGAUGAAGAGCCCGGGAGAGUGCCUACGUGCAAGAGAGGUGAACAAGGGCCAGAGGCUGAUGUCUGCACGCUAGCCCACAAAGGUGAAGAUGUUCUGUGUCAAAUGGCACAACAGCCGGUGGAGUCCAGCGAGAGUCCAGUUGGUUCUCCAGAAGAAAUAGAAAUUGCACAAAGUGAGGGAGAACAGCAGUCUGCAGUAGGGGGAACAGACAUUCAGGUUGUGGAACUCCAAGAUGUUCAUGAUUUGGACGAACGAAUGAAAGAAAAUAAGGAGGAAAAGAUGGUCCAGAAAGACGAAGCUGGGAUCCCAGAAGCACCGAAAGAGGAGUCCGGGGAAGUGUUUGACGAACAAGCCAGCAAAGACAAAGGGAAAAGGGAAGAUUUAGAGCCAAUAGAAAGUGAUUCAACAGAGGAAAGUGUACCGAACGAUGAGCAGGACAGAAAAGAUGGUAAAAACCAAGAUAAACAAGAGAAGUUGUCCGUUUGUGGAGACGGUAAAAUUAUCCGGCCCUUUGGCGAACCAGAAGCUCCUGAAAAGGAGAUAAAGAAUGCAGGUAGCACCCAAGAGCAUUCUCAACCACCGGUGAGCAUGGACAGAAAAGCCGAAGGAACAAACACAAGUCAACGAGACAUGCCAGAGCCAAAGCAUCACGCGUUAAAGGAGGGCUUAGAGGGCCACUCAGGAGGGGGGUCUGAGGUAGGUGUCGGUAGAAAGCUGGUCAUUUCCCACCAAUCUCCUUCUAAAGUUUACCAAGUCCGGUCGGUGCCGGUCGUGCCGCCGAAACCCCAGCACUGCAGGCUAACAGCACUGAAUCUCCGGCAGCAAGAGCAGCAGCAAGAGCAGCAGCAACAGCAGCAGCAAGAGCAGCAGCCACAGCAGCAGCAGCAGCAGCAGCAGCAGCAGCAGCAGCAGCAGCAGCACAGGCAGAAUAGUGAGUGCAGGAUCCCAGACAGGGAGCGAGAAUGGAAAAAGGAGACCCCACUAGAUGACAUUUAUGUUGGGGAGGUGGAAGCAGUAGAAGAGGGUGUGGAUGAGAAACAAGGGGAAGCAAAGCAGAGGAAGGGGCUAGCCGUAGCAGAGAAGCAAAGGAGGAGUAGGGACUGGGAGGAUAUCACAGUGAAGGAUGCCAGCGCUAAAAACAAUCCCCUCAGUAUGUGUUUUGAUGAGGCGGUCGCCAAAGCGACCAUGCGACGAGAAAGGGAGAGAGAGAGCAGUGACAGGGAGAGGCAAAAGGAUUGGGGAUAUGAAUGAUGCACUGUAAUGCACGGAGCCAACUGUACAACAUUUUUUUUUAAAGCUGUACAAGUUGUAUAAGAAACUCAUUCUUAUACAAUAUGGUCAAAAUGUUAGGUGUGUGUGUGUGUGUGUGUGUGUGUGUGUGUGUGUGUGUGUGUGUGUGUGUGUGUGUGUGUGUGUGUGUGUGUGCGUGCGUUUGCGUGUGCAUGUGUAUGUAGUGAUGCAAAACGGCUGCUACAUGCUAACCCAUUUAAUAAACAUUUAAAUAGUUUUAUUGAUUUAACAGAAAUUCCAUUUUUGACCUCAAGUAUUUUUAAUAAGGCUAACUUAAUGUAAGAAAUGUUUUUAUACCCUGACAAAUUGAUAAUUAUUAUUUUUUUCAAAUAAAAUCCUCUUACAAGUAUUUGU